AUCUCGCAUGCCGGGCGGCAGAGGCAGCAGCAGCACCUCUUCUAUCCAAGCACCGAGGCCGAGAGGAGGAAGUUGGGAGCGGCAGACCUCGGGGGGCUACGGCUUUGCCGCCGCCAAACAUGCGGGCGUCUCCCCAGUUGCCUCGUUGUGGGCGCCAGACGACAGGCGGGCAGCAGCCGAAGCCGCGCGUGUGAGCGAGCGGGGAGCUCCUCUCCUCUCACAAGGAUGCUGGGGGACGAUGCCUCGUGGCAGGGAGGACGAGAUUUGCCGGAAAGCGCUGAAACUGCUGGUCGAGCUCUGCUCCGAGGGGACGGUGGAGAACGACAGGUGCCUGGAGUUCAGCUACUACCUGCGGGACAGCGGCAGACCCCGGCCGGCCGACGCAGAUAUCACAGUAAGUUUGCUGUCCUUGGUGGUCACCGCGUGUGGACUUGCUUUGUUUGGGGUAUCUCUGUUUGUGUCCUGGAAGCUUUGUUGGGUUCCAUGGCGAGAGCGUGGCCUGUUUGGCAACAAAGACAAGCAGGAAUCCUUGAACUACACAGACACAGAGACCAAUGACCAAGACUAUAGUGAGGAAUUCCUGGGACAGCCGACUACCUACCCUGACUCUUCCAUGAAAAUUAGCCACACUUCUCCAGACAUUCCAUUGGACGCUAAGGCAGGGACCAAGGAGAACUGCAUGCACAAUGUUCGGAUGCAUCGACAAAUCACAGAGCCAACACCUUCUGCUCGGCACAAUUCAAUACGAAGACAGCUCAAUCUUUCAAAUCCUGACUUCAACAUCCAACAGAUCCAGAAGCAGGAGCAGCUGACAGGCAUUGGACGCAUCAAGCCGGAGCUCUAUAAGCAAAGAUCAGUAGACACGGAUGAUGGUCGGAGAAAUAAUAGCAAGUCUUGUGGGAAAAUCAAUUUUAUUGUAAAAUAUGAUUGUGACUUAGAACAACUUAUAGUGAAGAUUCACAAAGCUGUCAGCCUGCCAGCAAAGGAUUUUUCUGGAACUUCAGACCCUUAUGUCAAGAUCUACUUACUUCCAGAUAGGAAAACAAAACAUCAGACUAAAGUACAUAGAAAAACUCUUAACCCAGUAUUCGAUGAAGUUUUUUUAUUUCCUGUUCCUUACAAAGAUUUGAGUUCAAGAAAACUUCAUUUUUCUGUCUAUGACUUUGACCGCUUCUCCAGGCAUGACUUGAUUGGCCAAGUGAUAGUGGAUAAUUUUUUAGAGUUAUCCGACUUUCCUAGGGAAUGUAAUAUUUGGAAGGAUAUUGAAUAUGUCACAAAUGACAAGGUGGAUCUUGGCGAGUUGAUGUUUUCGCUUUGCUAUCUUCCAACAGCUGGCAGACUAACCAUAACUAUAAUAAAAGCAAGAAAUUUAAAAGCAAUGGACAUAACAGGAGCAUCAGAUCCAUAUGUGAAGGUGUCACUAAUGUGUGAAGGGAGACGAUUAAAGAAAAGGAAGACUUCUAUCAAGCGGAACACCCUCAAUCCUGUUUACAAUGAAGCCAUAGUCUUUGAUGUCCCUCCAGAAAGCAUUGAUCAGAUUCACUUGUCUAUAGCCGUUAUGGAUUAUGACCGUGUAGGUCACAAUGAAGUAAUUGGAGUCUGUCAAGUAGGCAAUGAAGCAGAAAGUCUUGGGCGAGACCAUUGGAAUGAAAUGCUCUCCUACCCUCGAAAACCCAUCGCACGCUGGUAUCCGCUUGCAGAGGGCCCUAUUGAGCAGAAAUGUUCUGCAGGCCUUCUGCGCAUUGAUGGCUGCCGAAGAGGCUUCUUCACUCUUUUAACCUAUUCAGCAGAAAUUUGGCAUUCCUGUUGAACCCUUUCUUAGCCACUUUCUCAGGGGCCAUUCUGCAGAGAGUCCAAAGGGUUAAGGCAUUCCUUAAUUCCAUUAUUUGACUGUCGCCUUUUCCCCAAAGCCAGGAUUUAUAAAUUCCAACCCUUAGAAUGCAAAACUUUUAUUAGUUACAAAGAUGCUCCUGAAGCUUUCUACAGUUUUCAUUCUAACAUAGUUACCUGUGUCUAUCAGGAACACCCUUCUAUUGCUACUGAUGGGCUUUCAAGUAAAUUACAUAAUAAGUCACAUUGUCCCAGUCAAGAGGAUAAUCCAUUUUGAUAUCCAUUUUGAAAUUUAUCAAAAUCCUAUUUUUAUUAUGGUUAUUAUCAUAAAUACAAUCUUGCCCAUCCUACUUUCCAUUUCUUCAGAGGUCAUACUAUUGAUAAACUGCUCUUGCAAAUUUACAGUCUAUGAAUUACCAUGCAAUAAGUGUUCUAGAAGUUUCCACAAACUAAACUCUUAACUCCUUUCAAUAAUUGAGGUGAAUUGCCUGCCCAUAGCCAUAUAAAAAAUAAGACUAGAUUUAUAAAGUUUUCUUUGAGUCAAGCUUGAAAUGUCCUUGUAGCUUUCUUGGUGGCAGCAUGGAUAGUUAUAAUUAUAUUGUAAUUUAUAUACAAUACAAAAUUAUCAUUAAUUGUAACAAUUGUUAAGGGUGGUUGCAUGGUCAGCCAGAUGUUUAAACUGUAAAGCAAGGGAAGGGGUAUUUUUCUAGAUUUUUUCUGAUUUUUUUUCCUCAUUGAGAAAUUGGGAAUAAGAGUUCACAGUCAUAAACAUAGUUAGUAUUAUAUCCUAAAAGCACCCACUAAAUAUCUAUACAGUGAGAAGCCUUUCUCCAGUAUCAUUAAAGUUAUUAUCUUAAACCGAAGGGUGCAUUUCUGCCACUUUUCCCAAAGCGAAGGAAGGAUUUGAUACCUUCUUUAUAUGUUGCCUUUCUUGCUCACUUUUAUAGAGGUUGGGAAUUUUGGCCUUUUCCUUCUACCGGUCUUGAUGGGUAGGGAAAGAAAUGGAGUAAGCAGCAAAUCAUUUAUUUUUCUAGAAAUAGAAGCUACAAGCUUGUUAUCUGGCCUCUUAAAAUUCUUUUUGCCCCUGCUAUUUUUUUCUAGUUACAUAGUACGUAUCACCUAGGUUAGCUCAAAUAAGCUGGUCUCCCAAAUCUUUCAUCUCAAGAUUUCUGGAGUAGCUAUGGGCCUGAUGAGAACAGAGCAAAUAUAAAGAUUUUGAACUCUUUUUCUGGUCCUUUGAGAUGAUUGCCCUCCAGGUGAACAGACCAGCGCAGAGGAACUAAAUAGCAAUGUUUACUUCUUUACUAAAAGAUAAGAGUUCUGAAUUCUAUAUUUAAACUCUAUUUUAAGUAUAUGACUAUAUUUUUGUAAAUUAUAAAUUGAAAUCAUAAAUUAUAGUUAAAUUCCUACUAAAUAGAUAUUUUGUGACAAAAGCACCCACCAAAUAUGCUUUUAAAUUUACAGAUCAAUCACUUCUCAAUGUAAUCCAAAUCAGGCCAUAUGGUAUAAUGUUUUGUUUUCAAAGUAACAAAUUGAUUAUACAUCUGUAAAACUUACUUUAAUAAAAAGAUUUAUUCAUUCUCUACCCAACCACCUACAAACCAAAAUGUAUUUUCCUCUAGUUUCAAACAUUUCACAAACCUUUCAAUUUUUAUUGAGGCACUAUGAAUAAUUACAUAAAACAAUUUUAAAUGUAUCGCAUCAUAGACAGGAAGCUUGUAGAUUUUGUGGAAUGCUUCAAAUCAUGUUUAGAUAAGCCAUGAUAAUACAAAACAAAUAUUAUUUAGAGAGGCAUAACUGAGAAAAAACACCAUAUAGUAACCAUCCCUUACAGUUUUCACAAAUCUUCUGCAAAGAAACUUAUAAACUUUGUUCUUUCAUUAGAUAUGUGUUGGAACAAAAGAAAAAAAUGUUUUGAUUAUAUGUAGCUGUUAUCACUGUCUUUUGUUUGGUUGACUGGUUGGUUGAGCUUCCAUUUUUCAUUGUAACAUUGCCUUAAAGGGUUGAAAAAUCUGAUGUUCAAGCCCACAUCCUAGGGGAAAGGUCAAUUAAUUCAGCUAGUAGUUUUAAAGAAAAUGCUACUACUUAGCAGAUAUUCCCUGCAGCCUACAACAAAUCUCUUAAGCACUUUUUUUACACUGUACUGUAUGCAAGAUUACUGUCAAUCAAAAAGUGGAAUGACUGAUGAGUUCCUAAUGGAAAAUGAGUCUUCCCCAAUCUGAUAUCUUUCAGACACGUUGAAAAUUCUUCAACCAGCAUGGCCAUUAUGGGAAUUGAGGACCUGGAUUAGGGAAGCUGAUGUAGACCAAGACAUCUUGAUUACAGUAUUAUUAUUAUUUUUAAUACUCUGGAGUUAUGUGGUUUGGUUAAUCAGAUUUGUAAACCAGUGUUGAGAAAGUCUGAUAUCACCGACUCAUGCCAUCACAUGCAUAACAAAGAAAAGAAUCAAAAGAAAUGCGACAUUGCAAAGAGUUCUGCUCCUGAGGAUACAGUCUCAUCCCUAAAGAUCAUAGGCUAAAUAUCCCAUUUUUUUGUUCCAUGUUAAGUUCUCAGUUAACAAAUCAAUUUUGUAGAAUAAAUGAUCUCCAGACCUGUACAUGCAUGUCCACACAAAGACAGGCUAUUUCAUCUCCUGAAGACUUGGGUGUAAUCAGCCAUUUAAAACUCUGCUAUAUUUUCCAGAUGCCUCUGUAACUAUUUGUGGAUGCUUAUUUGUCAAUCAAAUUUAUAUAGUUGCCUACCUCAGAAAUGUGAUUCUGGGUGGUACAUACAAAAAAAAGUUAAAAACAUCUGUAAGCAGCCAUGAAAAAUGAUUAAACAGAAAUAUAAACAUUGUAAGAGAAUAGGCCAACAUUCUAUAAAAAUAUAACAUGUUGCACAGUUCCUGUUUUCCCAAGGCUGCUGGGGAAAAUCAUGUUUUAAGAGAUUUCUGGGAGGCAUCUGCCUGAGUGACCUAAUGUUCUAAAACCACAACAGAGAUAACACCAUAAUAGACGGCAUCCAUUAAAUACUUUGCCUGGUGACUUGAUGGAGUGGAUAGGUAUAACUAGGAAGAAGCGGUCUCACAAAGAAUCUGUUCCAGUGCCAUGUUAUGGUUAUAUACAUAAACAGACACACAUAUUGUACACAUGCAUGUCUGUGUUGCCGUCUAGUAAAUAUGGUACAGUUUUUGAAGACUGGGUACAUCUAAACCUUCUGGAAAGGUCUUAUGAUUUGGGUAUAUCUAAACUUUCCAUGUCAGGUUUAUAGGAACACAUGGGAUCUAGCUUGAUUACUUUGUUAUUAAAUAUGGAAGCUUAGAACUGGAAGUGCCAUAAUUCUCCUAAAGGUGUUUUGCAGCAAGUAUUACCCAAAUUAUUCCAUUUAAAUCUCCAAACAAAUUGGUUGAACCUAUAAAAAUUCAUAAAUCCAAUCUGUAUGCACACACACAUUGAGAGAGAGAGAGAGAGAGAGAGAGAGAGAGAGAGAGAGAGAGAGAGAGAGAAAUAUAUAGGAAAAUGAAACAAAAGGAACAAAAAAGGGACUUUUGAGCAGUUUGCUUGAUUCUUUCAUUUUUUUAUAAUUCUAGGUUAACAUAAAUAUAUAUACUAUAUAAUUAUAUAUAGUAAAACCACAAUUUAACUGGUCUUGAUUUAAUCAUGCAGAUAUCACAUACUUGGAUUUAAUGUACUCUCUUUCAUCCAGAACUGCUUCAUUAAAUUGAGGAUUUUACUGUAUAUUCUCUUUGUUCUACUAAAAUUGGUUUAAAAGAAAAAUACGGCUUAUACUUGCUUCCAAUUAUACUCACCAAGCAUAAUAGUGUUUAAAAACAAUGAAACAAGAAACCUUAUAAAAAAUUGUUACUUCUAGCCUUCUUUUUUUUUUUUUGAAUCAGAGAAAAAAGUAGUUUCUUAGCAAUUACAAUGAAAUUAGUUUUAUCUUAGUAGUUUGUCAUUUGGAAGGGGACUACCUGAAUGACACAUAAUGAAAUACCAUAUAAUAUAAAUGCAAACAAAAUAAAUCUUUUAAUAGUACUUUCAAAUUAAAUAUAUGCAUUGCGUAAUCAUGUAGCUUUGUUGUAUCUCUCAAGUUCCUCUUUAGGCAUGCACCCCAGUCUUGAAGUUUUUAAUAUCUUCUGACAUUGACUUUGUUGCUACGUGCAGAACUCCCACAUAAAUCUCAGAUGUAGGAAUGUGAGGAGUUUGUGCAACUUGAAAGAUACAGCACAUUGUAUGAAGCACUACCGAAGAAGAUACCUAUCAAGCUAAUGAGUUACUCUCCAUGAUAAUUAUCACCCUCAGCAAAUAUUAUUGCCUUAAAUUCAAAUAGCUGUCAGUAGAAACAGACUAACAAGAAGCUGGAUUUAGAUUUGAUGUUCUGCAAGAAAUAAGUUCAUUUGUGCUAAAGAUUUAAAGCCACUCAUAGGGAUCAUAAUCCCAAUCAGAGGUGGGUUUCAGCAAGUUCUGACCAGUUCUGGAGAACCGGUAGCAGAAAUUUUGAGUAGUUCGGAGAACUGGUAGUAAAAAUUCUGCCUGGCCGCACCCCAUCUAUUCUCUGCCUGCCAAGUCCCAGCUGAUUGGGAGGAAAUGGGGAUUCUGCAGUAACCUUUCCCUGGAUUGGGGAGGGAAUGGAGAUUUUACAGUAUCCUUCCCUUGGAUUGGGGAGGGAAUGGAGAUUGUACAGUAUCCUUCCCCUGCCACACUCACAAAGCCACGCCCACCAAGCCAUGC